UUCAUUGAAUCUUAAAAUACUCUUUCCAGCCCAAUAAAGAAUGUUUUAGUGUUCGUUCCAUUCGCUGCAUAUGCAACCCAAAAAGCUGCACUAUCUUCUCUCCGUAUAUAUAUCACCUUCCAAUAAAAAUCCGUUCAAUUCGUCAUUGCCCUGUUCAUUUUUGCCGCUCAAGCUCUGCGAUUCCUCUCUUCCCGGCUUCAUCGUUUAAGCUUGCAGGCAUGAAUAGUGUUGGGAGGAGGGGAAUCCGUUACUUGCACAAACUGAAUGCUGCAAAUGUUCCAAGUGAAUUGAUAGAAAAUGGUCAAAAUCGUGUUAUAGAAGCUUCCCUUACCCUUAUUCGCGAGAGGGCGAAGCUUAAGGGAGAGCUUAUUCGGGCUAUGGGUGGAGCAGUAGCAUCGGCAUCUCUUCUUGGAGUUCCUUUAGGACAUAAUUCGUCGUUUCUGCAAGGGCCAGCAUUUGCUCCUCCUCGCAUAAGGGAGGCAAUCUGGUGUGGCAGCACAAACUCUACAACUGAAGAAGGGAAAGAAUUAAAUGAUCCCCGGAUCUUAACUGAUGUUGGUGAUGUUCCUAUCCAAGAGAUACGAGAUUGUGGUGUGGACGAUGACAGAUUGAUGAACACUGUCUCUGAAUCUGUCAAGCUUGUGAUGGAACAAGAUCCAUUGCGCCCAUUGGUUUUAGGAGGCGACCACUCAAUAUCUUUUCCAGUUGUGAGAGCCGUGUCUGAGAAGCUUGGAGGACCAUUGGAUAUUCUGCACCUUGAUGCACAUCCUGAUAUUUAUCAUUCCUUUGAAGGAAACAAAUAUUCCCAUGCAUCGUCAUUUGCCCGGAUUAUGGAGGGUGGUUAUGCUCGGCGGCUUUUACAAGUCGGUAUUAGAUCAAUCACAAGUGAAGGUCGUGAGCAAGGGAAAAAAUUUGGCGUAGAGCAAUAUGAAAUGCGAACGUUUUCAAGAGAUCGCCAGAUAUUGGAGAAUCUGAAACUUGGGGAAGGUGUGAAGGGGGUGUAUAUCUCAGUGGAUGUGGACUGUCUUGAUCCUGCAUUUGCUCCAGGGGUAUCUCACAUCGAACCGGGAGGUCUCUCUUUCCGCGACGUUCUCAACAUACUCCACAACCUUCAAGCGGAUGUUGUUGCUGCAGAUGUGGUAGAGUUCAAUCCACAACGCGACACCGUUGAUGGGAUGACUGCUAUGGUUGCAGCAAAGCUGGUAAGAGAACUCACUGCCAAGAUUUCGAAAUGAAGUUGAAACUGUAUCCGAAUGUUAAAAGUCUUCCUGGCACGGAAAUUGGUUUACAAGGGACUCUGUGGCACCUGUUCCAGAAAAUAAAAAGGGACUCUCUAGCAUAUCAAUGCUGCUGUGAAGAACUACGGUGCAUGUUUACCAUUUAGAGUUCUUCUUGCUGUAACUUAGAAUGGGGAUACUUCGUAGUAUCCUCGGACAAUUGAAACUAAAGUAACCAAAUUCAAUAAUUUUCUUUUUUUUCUUCAUUUGGGGGUUUGGAGGAUCAUUUAUCACAAUGAGCCUUUCUUCUUUUGAUUAAAAUAAAAGUCGGGUUUUAUUUGCGUC